AUGGCGUCAACAAGCCCGCGCAAGUCAAUUGAUAGCCUAGCCUCGGGCGUGUCAACUCCGUCUCUCUCUCAUUACUCUACUACUCAGCUGGAAUCUUCCCCACGUGUGCCUCCCCAGCGAUACCCCCUGAGAAGGGGAUCCACGGCGAGCUCGAUUGUGAGCAUUGGAGGGAUCCUGGAUACCUCGCAACACCAUGGUUCUAUUACAGAGUCUGGACAGAAUGCUAUCUCAACCCUUCUACAACCUCCAAUUGUCCGCACAGGCCUGACCCCUCAUACCGCCGUAUCGUCCACCGGAUAUAAGCCUCCUUCAUCCCGCGAUAUUCCCCCAGUAACCCUCACGAAUAUCGAGCAUGUAGAGCUUAAGGCCUUCCAACCGUACCUCUCGCAAGUCGGCUCGCUCUAUGAUGUGUUCCAACAACCAAAGGACGGCACAGGGGACAAGGCGGCCCAGAAAUCUCCCAAGCCUGAUGACAUGGAGUCUCUCAUGCCGUGGAGCCCUGAAAGAAGAGCCUCCUUUAUGUCAACCGGCUCCCGAUCAACAUCGCCGUAUGAGCCACGCGGUAGGCGCUCCUCUGGUAAUCGUGGUCGAGGCCCAGCUAUCACGCCCUUGUCUACGAUACCACCUGUAUAUUUUGAAGCGGACUUUCACCUAGAGAACCCUCGCACUUUUGAUGUGAUCUCAGAGAAAUCAGAGGUUGUUCGACCGCCACGACCCCCAACCAAAAACGAUAGAUAUCCAAAUGGAAAUGGAGAAGCCACGGAGCCAGCCCACACGGUAAGGAAAGCCUUGGCUACUAAUGCUAUCCUACAGGAGAAGCUUUCGUGGUAUAUGGAUACCGUGGAAAUUCACCUGAUUUCCUCAAUCUCAAAUGCCUCGAAAUCCUUCUUUACGGCCCUUGGUUCAUUGCGCGAGUUACACGCCGAAGCUGCCGAUUCAGUGAACCGAAUCCAAGUUUUGCGACGAGAUCUUCAGAAAAUAGAUAAAGAGAUGGCCCUUGGUGGCCUUAAAAUCGUCAAUCUCAGACGGCGGAGAGAGAACGUACGAAUGCUAGCCGCAGCCGUGGCUCAGCUUCGCGACGUGGUGGAAUCUGUUUCUCGAUGUGAGGAUUAUGUCGAACAGGGAGAUAUCGAGGUUGCCGCCGACGAGCUCGAAGAGGUUGAGAAGCUCAUGGCGGGAGAAAAAUUAUCAGAUCGGCCUGCCGAGGAAGAUGAAAAGGAUCUUCCACGGAAACCUGUUGACCUCCGAGGACUGAAGGCCCUUGAUGGCGCAUCUGAAGAUCUUGCUCUAUUGAGGCAACGUAUUGGAAUGGGCUAUGAAUCUCGUUUUUUGAACGACCUUCUAGGAGAUUUGCGGGAACACGUCCAGCAUGUGUCUUCCAGCGUGACAUUGCAGCGCUGGGGUGCUUCAUUCUUGCGACAGCGUGGCGGACAACGCCCUAUAUCUAUGGCCUCACCUGCAUAUAUGAACUUCAAUAAUGAGCUGCGAUCGAGAUUGCACGCUCAGCUCACUGGACUGGCGCGGGCUCGCUAUACGACGGCGGCGGCCACCUCAUUCAAGACCGCUGUUUUGCGAGAGAUGAAAGGGCUUAUCCGUAAGCACUUGCCUAGUUCCAGCGACGACGACAACGAAUCUAUGGUUUCUGUUUCCACGCAUGGCGACCGACAACGAAACCAGCAGGAAAAGUCAUCGAUUCUCGCUCGAAAUCUUCGCGCACUUGAUUCAGAGGAUGCCUACUCAAUGCUGGUAGGGGUCUACACGGGCAUUAGCGAGUGCUUACGCCGACUGAGUGUCCAAGUGAAGAUCCUCCUGGAUGUUGCCAGUGGUCUUGGUAGCGCUGGUGUCAAAUCACUCAAUAGGAGCCCAAAUCUGCAGAGCUCCGAGCAAAGUGCUAGGUCUUCUGAUAAUGGGCGAUCGGCAUCUGCCAUGGCGCAAGAUGAAAUUCUCCAAGUUUUGGACAUGUCGAGUCUGCUUGGCCAAGCAGUGGAUAUUGCCCAAUCUCAGAUCACCAAGGUCCUAAAGGUUCGCUCUGAGCAGACGUCUCAGCUCUCCAAAGAAGAAUUCUUAAAGUACUUUAUUCUCAACAGGCUAUUUGCCGACGAGUGUGAGGCUAUUUCUGGGCGAGGGGGCACUGCGCUGAAGACCAUUGUCGGAAACCAAAUUCGUGACUUUAUUACUCGAUUUGGUGAAACACAGCGCCAUCGAAUUGUCAAGGUCAUGGAUGCGGAUCGAUGGGAUGCGCGAGAUUUCGGAGAGGCUGAAGUGACGAUCAUGACCCGGAUUCUUGACGCGAGCACCAAAGAUAUUGAGGCUUGGGUCGAAGUGUCGAAGAUCUGGGUCCCGCAAAGCGAAGAUACCCACCAAACAGCCGCACACGCAGAGAGCAGCGUCAAUGGAUCUGGCAAGGACAAAUUGCGUAGUGCAGUGGUUGACGAACAGAGAUACAUCCUUCCUGACUCGGCAGUGGCCAUCAUGCGCACCAUCGAAGAAUUUGAGUUCCUCAUGGCCAAUAUCCCGAGCAUGAUCCAGGAUAUUGUCCCGCAGCUUCUCGAAAUUCUGAAAUUGUUCAAUUCACGUUCGUCCCAACUUAUUCUCGGUGCGGGUGCGACCCGGAGCGCAGGGCUCAAGAACAUCACAACGAAGCACCUCGCACUUUCAUCGCAGGCUCUGAGCUUUGUCAUUGCACUUGUACCAUAUGUACGAGAAUUUGUCCGACGCCAUGGCCAAACAAACCAGGUGAUGAUGGAGUUUGACAAGGUUAAGCGCCUGUGUCAAGAGCACCAGACUGGGAUCCAUGAGAAGCUGGUCGAUAUUAUGAGCUCGCGGUCGACCAUCCAGGUUAAUUCCAUGAAAAAGAUCGACUGGGAUACUGCGGGGUCAUCUACAGUCGCCCAUCCUUACAUGGAAACGUUGGCAAAAGAAACGGGCACCCUUCACCGUGUUCUCAGUAAACACCUGCCGGAUACGACUGUCACUAUGAUUAUGGGUCCUAUUUUCAAGAAUUAUCGCGACCAGUGGACUGCUGCGUUUGAUGGAGCCCAUGUCGAGUCAGAGGCUGGAAAGAAGAGAAUGGAAGCCGAUGUUGAACACUUCCGAGCGCGGCUCAGCAAGAUCGAGGGCGCAAGUGCCCUGGGAGAUACGCUGCUUGAAAUCGUGAAAAAAAAGCCCAUCUCGGAACCCACUGCUUCUACUUCCGACCCUAACCAGCCUGUCAACGACAAGCAAGAUUCCGAGAAGGCGACUGAUUCCUCCGACUCCUAA